GCCGCGACUCCGCGCGUGCUGCCUGAUCCAGCUAAAGCGCCUUGACUAGUGCCGCCCGCCGCCCCUGCCCCUCUGCCUCUUCACGUUCGCGGAGACCACUGGAGCCCGUCACCAUCCUCCCCACGACGUGCUGCCCUGAACCCGCAGCCAUGUGCCGGACCCUUGCCGCCUUCCCCACCACCUGUCUGGAGAGAGCCAAAGAGUUCAAGACACGGCUGGGGAUCUUUCUUCACAAAUCAGAGCUGGGCUCUGAUACUGGGAGUGUUGGCAAGUUCGAGUGGAGCUGCAAACACAGCAAAGAGGGCAGAAACUUCUCAGAAGAUGUGCUGGGGUGGAAAGAGUCAUUUGACUUGCUACUGAGCAGUAGAAAUGGUGUGGCUGCCUUCCACGCUUUCCUGAAGACGGAGUUCAGUGAGGAGAACCUGGAGUUCUGGCUGGCCUGUGAGGAGUUCAAGAAGCUCCGGUCAGCUACCAAGCUGGCCUCCCGGGCUCACAAGAUCUUUGAGGAAUUUAUCUGCCGUGAAGCCCCCAAAGAGGUGAACAUAGACCACGAGACCAGGGAGCUGACCAGGAUGAACCUGCAGGCUGUCACGGCCACAUGCUUCGAUGUGGCUCAGGGGAAGACUCGCACCCUGAUGGAGAAGGACUCCUAUCCACGCUUCCUGAAGUCCCCUGCUUACCGGGACCUGGCGGCCCGAGCCUCGGCCACCGCUGCCUCUCCAGCCAGCGGCGGCCCCGCAGAGCCCUUGCACACUUGAGCCUCCUGGCAGUGAGGGAGCCAGCCGGGAGGAGAGGUGGGGUCACCCAUCCCUGGGGCAGAUUCUACCAAACAAAUGCGAGAGGACAGCGAAGGAAGAUGCCCAUCUGGCAGACUCUCCUCCAGAUACUGUGGGACUGGAUUCCAUGCAUGAGAGGGUCCCCCCCACCCCCCCCUCCAGGGCCGGCACUUAAGGGCCGAAGGGGAGGGUUGUGUGGGGCUCUCCGGGGAAAGGGAAGGUGGUGAAGGAGUUACCAUUGGCUUUUGUCGUUUUCCACGGGGCAAGAAAUAUUCCGGGGUGGUUUGGGAAACACGGAUAAAGGAAACUUGAAAAUGAGACAGAGCAAGACGACCAGAUCAGCUCUAAUGCCUGGCGAGGAGCUGACUCAGACGGCACCCCGUUUCCCUAGUUCCCAGGCUGUCAGGCCCAGAAGGGAGCUGCGGAUGCGGUGCCUUCCCACUCUGUCCUCCUCACCUGCCUCUGGGCUGCCCGGGGCCCCCUUAGCUUGCACUUCUUCCCAUUCCUGUGUCCAGCCUCACGGUCUUCUCAAGGCCAGAGAACCAAUUUGACCCUUGCCCAAAAUGAGAUUUUUUUUUUAUACCUCAAAAACUGGCCUUUGGAGCCCCUUUCCCACAUCGGUAGAGAGCCUGGAAAAGGGGCCAUCUUGCUCCUGGGAAAUUGAUCUUGGUGCUCUUGGUGACCUUUGCAGGCGGUCCCCGAACCUGUGCUGGCAGCAAGGUCCACGUGUGGGCAGGGCCCGCGAGGGCCUGUUGCGGGGGUGGGCCCUCCCUCGGCCCCGGCCCCGGCCCCGGCCCCGGGCUGCCCUGGACCGUAGGGCCCAUGGGGAGGACGGUGUGGGGCCUCUGCAGUGUGGAAUGAGGGAGAAAAGGAUCCUAAGACAUCUCUUGGCAGUUCCCAAAAGUUCCGUUGAAAUCAAGCCAGUAUCUUUUGUGGGUGUGAGAACAGGGAGAAAAGAUGCCCAGAAUGGAAGGGGAACCUUAUGUCUCUUUCCUGUGGGUGUGAGGUGCACUUACCGGAGGCUGGGGAGAAGUUGGACCAGGGACCACGAUGGCCCUCGGAAGACAGAAGCCGGGGGUGCAGCUGGAGAGAGAGGCUGCUUGGAAGAGCCGGACUGGGGGAAAUCAGAACGCGCUGUCACCUCAGGGCAACACCAAACACACAUUUUUGUGGUGGGACUUCUGCACGAGCCCAGGCCCCGGAGGUGAAUGAACCAGGCAGCCCCCUUCUGCCCUAGGACAAGCAACACUGUUCUCUCUGCACUAUGAGCUCCUCCAGGAGAAAAUUAUUUUAAGUAUAAUGUGUGGUCGGUUUUGUGACCAUUGUCACAGCAUAUUAUUUUUAUUACUGUUGUGUUGUUGCUCCUGUUAUUUAUUAUUGUAAUUUCAGUUUGCCUCUGCUGGAGAAUCUCAGCAGGGGCUGGUCGCCUGACCGUCUCCCUCUCCACCAGACUCUACCUCUGAACGUGCUGGGAACCUCUGAGCACCUGUCAGGGGCUCAUCGCCGUUUAAAUAUUUAUUUAUUGUUGACAAUGGAGCUGGUUUCCUAGAUAGGAAUGAUGUACUUUAUCCUUGUUUCCCUGUUUCAGCAUGUUAUAGUCUUGUAAAAUAAAAAUAAAACCCAAAUAUGAGAUCCUGUCUGUAA